AACGGCACGUGACGGGGCGCCUCGGCCAAUAGGAGCGCGCGUUACGUGUGGCACGGCCGACUGUGCGCGCGCGCUGAGUUUAUUUGUUUAAUUUUUUUUGUAUAUCACUGUCCUGUUGUUGUUGCUGCUGCUGCUGUUCUCGUCGUCCUCCUCGGUUGUUUGCUGUGCCGCGAUCUCUCGGUGUGUCGGGGUUGAAGCUCGCCCCCGAGUCUCGCCGUUCGCCCGCCGCCGCUGCCCACCCCCCUCCAUGUCCCGGUGCCUUGCAGCACAGUUUUUACGCUGUCUCUGCUAUUGUCUCGCUGUGGAAAUGUCCACGCAGCAGCACUGCCACGGACCGCCUUUGUGCUGCUGCCGCCGCUUCCACCACGUGUGACUUGGCGGAUGCGAUUGGAGGCUCAAACUUCUGUCCGAAAUGACACGGUGGGGCUGGUGACGGCGUGAGCGCGGCACCGAGUGGCGGAGCGAUGGACAGCUACGAGAGCUCUGACGAGAGAGGCAACAGCAGCAGCAGCUCGGAGGAGAGCGAAGAUGAGGUGGUGCAGACUCCCCCGGCCAGCCUCCCCGUCAUCAAGACCAACGGGCAGGUGUAUACCUAUCCUGAUGGCAAGUCGGGCAUGGCUACCUGUGAAAUGUGUGGCAUGGUGGGUGUGAGGGACGCGUUCUACUCCAAAACAAAGCGGUUCUGCAGCGUGUCCUGCUCGCGUAGUUAUUCUUCCAACUCAAAGAAGGCCAGCGUGCUCGCCCGCCUGCAGGGAAAAUCGCCAUCGAAAAAAGCCAAACUGCUGCCAAAACCGAUGGCACCCAAGCUAACGCAAAGCAGCAUGCUGCAGGCUACGUUGCAGAGUCAGGCCAAGCGCAAAUCAAUAAAAACGCCGUCGGAUGGCUUUGAAUGGGGGCGCUACAUCUGGAAGAACAGUCUGACCGCAGCGUCCGUCGGCUGCUUCAAGCACGCUCCCAUGGCGGAUCACUGGGGAGACAUAACGGAGGGCAUGAGGGUGGAAGUGGUGAACACGGACUGCGUGGUAUCCAGCAAGGUGUUCUGGAUCGCGUGGGUUAUCAAGCUGGCAGGUUACAAGGGUCUGCUCAGAUACGAGGGUUACGAGAGUGAUUCCAGCCGGGACUUCUGGUGCAACCUUUGCACGCCGGAUGUGCACCCCAUCGGCUGGUGCGCAACCAUUGGCAAGCCGCUUGUCCCGCCGCAGACGAUCAUGCACAGGUGCUCCAACUGGAAAGCGUUCCUCGUUAAGAAAUUGACGGGCUCCAAGACUCUCCCGCCAGACUUCCAAGCCAAAGUGCAGGAGAGUCUGAGCUUUCCCUUCAAGCGUGGCAUGCGUCUGGAGGUGGUGGACAAGGCGCAGAUCUCCCGGACACGCGUCGCUCUCGUGGACAGUGUGAUCGGCGGCCGGCUGCGCCUCGCGUACAGGGACGGCGCCGGCACGGUGGCGACGGGCACGGCGGGGGGCGGCGCCGGGAGCGUGGCUGGCGUCGAGGAGGACGACUUCUGGUGCCACAUGCGCAGCCCGCUCAUCCACCCCAUUGGCUGGUCGCGGGCCGUUGGGCACCAGCACAAGAGCCCUGAAGGAGCCAAGAAACAUGAUGGGAGUUCAGAUGCAGGGUCCUACUUGUUCCCCAUUGUGAAAGAGAUGCCCCAGAAGCAGGAGUGCUUUCGGGAAGGAAUGAAGCUGGAAGCCAUCGACCCGCUAAACCUGUCCUCCAUCUGCGUGGCUACCGUUCGAAAGGUGCUGGGUGACGGCUUUCUGAUGAUCGGCAUCGAUGGCUCCGAGGCGGCUGACGGCACGGAUUGGUUCUGCUACCACUCCAUGUCGCCGUCCAUCUUCCCCGUUGGAUUCUGCGAGAUCAACCAGAUUGAGCUGGCGUCACCUCGUGGUUACAACAAGACACCGUUCAAUUGGUUUGAGUACCUGCGGGAAACCAGCUCCCCUGCUGCUCCAGUCAGCCUCUUCAACAAGGAAAUCCCAAACCACGGCUUCCGUGUGGGCAUGAAGCUGGAGGCGGUGGACCUCAUGGAGCCGCGGCUCAUCUGCGUGGCGACGGUCGUGCGCAUCGUCAACCGGUUGCUGCGCAUCCACUUUGACGGCUGGGAGGACGAGUACGACCAGUGGGUGGACUGCCAGUCCCCGGACCUCUUCCCUGUCGGCUGGUGUGAGCUCACGGGGUACCAGCUGCAGCCGCCCCUCUCCUCCGUGCCCGCUUCGCCCCACCCCGCUGGCGCAAAGCAAAAGAAAAAAACGAAAUCUGGGUACAAAGGACACAAGAAAAAGAGGAAAAUGGCGCUGGGUCGACGGCCCAUAGCCCUUGGGGGCCCGCAGCAGUCGCCAGGUUUGGUGUUGCGGUACCCGGCGGCCGGGGGCGGUGUCCGUGAGGACGAGAGCACUGCAGCGCCCCCGUGCAGGACGUUCCCGGCCACACAGACGGUCGUGUCAGGGCGCGACGGCCUCGCCCUGGGCAGCGUGGACUGCCGAGCCGAGCGCAGGCCGGAGGGGCACGUGAUGGCAGUCAAGGAGGAGCCCAUGGACGCAGACCCCCCGUGCGGCGUGAACGCAGCCUCUUCCUCCAGCCUCGCGCUCUUCAGCACCAAGCAGGAGCCCUGAGCACCCCCGCCCCCCCCCCCCCGUCCCAAACGGCGUGCGUCGCUACGUCGGCGAGACGGCACGGUGGCCGCCCGAUGACCGUCCCUCGCCCUGCCGCCCCGCGACGCACGACGGCCCGCAAGGUUUUUCGUUGGUACCUACGUGCCGAUGGUGGGCAUGUGGCGAUGUUCGUCGGAGCGAGACUGACGCCAGUUCUUUUUAGUGCUCAAAAGUGCCUGCGAGUAUUCAAGGUGUGGAUUUCCAAAAUAGUGGCGUGCGAUUUUAGUGGUUGGGGGCUCCCUCGGGUGAGCGUGAAGGGGUGAGGGGUUUGCUUUUCUUAGUUUCUCUGCGGGGCACCUCCCCAGAAGAAAAGUCAAGCACUCCUAAAUUAACUUUUGACUGUAUCCCCAAUUUGUGGCUUUGAAAUUGGGGGUACAUCACGUUGCUGUGCCAGUAUGCUGAACCGUCUUGCCACGGGGGAAAUUCUCGGCUGUUGUGAAAACGAUGAACUGCAAUCGAAGAGUUGCUUCACGAAAAACAAACUGAAUACGAGGAAUGCGAGUUGCAGGUUCCACCAAGCCGGUCUUAUUCAGGCCUCGUGGCCAAUGCUAUGGGACGAAGACAAGUCAGCCAACAGGACCGUGCUGCGUACGUACUUUCCGUCUCUGCUGCAAUGCCCCUUGAAGGGCUCGGGGUGGGGGUGGGGAAGGAGGUUCAACGUUGGUGGCCGUUUGGUCGCAUCGUGUUUUGAUUUAAGGGCGAGCGUUGACACUGGCAGUGCCGUUUUUCACGUUGACGUAUUUACAAACUGGAAAACAAACACUUUUGUUUAAAGCUGCAAGAGCUAGUGACCCACACGGUGAACUCGGAACUCCUGUAUAGACCCAUAUCUGUUCUCCGUUUCAUCUAUUACAUUUAAAACGUUGGUCUACUUGUGUUUGGGACUUGGAACCAAAAUGACAGCCCAGACAUGGAGUAGGCAUUACUGUGUAAUACGUUUUGAAUUAAAUGUUUUUUUUUAUGGUCUUGUGAAAGUCACCAUUUUUUUAAUUUAUGUUUUUUUGGUGACAUCGAAACGUCCCAUUUCAAAUGUCUCCCUAAUAACUGUACAGAAUCGCGUACAUUUUUGCUACAAUAAAAAUGGCAUUUGGCUGUUAAGUUUAUAUCUCCUAGAGGAAGUAGAAUUUCUAAAUCUGAUUCCUAUGGUGCUUAUCCAGUACCGCCUUUUGUAGAAAACGGAGUGUAAAAUCUGACAUAAGUCGAGUAUUUUUUCAUAAUUGUUCUUGUACAAAUGGGGCCAAUGGCUUGAAAUACUUUAACAACAUUUGAGAAGACAGAAGAGAACACUUGGUCUGUUAAGAAAAACCAGUAGAUUAUUUUCCGUAGGGUUUUUGUAAGUCCUUGUGUUUGAAUGUUUAGGGUUUGCUGUAAACGUGCACACGGUCUUUCAAAAAUGAGGGGAGUUUAAAUGUUAAAGAUUGUUCGGGGGGUCUCUUUUCAUGUUUUUCAUUGGAAACGAAAUCGUAUCUCACCACCAGCAUGAAGACUCUGGGCGGACGAUUAAUUUUGUUCUGCCGAAUGUAGCGACCCACUGCCGUAAUCCAGAAUUAAACUGCUGUGCAAGGCGCAGAUUGUCGGUCAAGGAAAGCCGUUUACAAGCUGAGCAUGGCUUUUGCAGUGUUUUGGGAUUCGUUUAUGGCCGGGACAUCAAUUGCACGUACAAGUUUGACUGCUUAUUGCUUGAAGAGCACACGUGUAAUUGCUCUGGUUUUGAAAAGCCGUGUACUAUCUAUAUUUUCAACUGAUUUUGGUUUUCAUUGCUCGAGUGACCUUUGAAGCGGUGGUGACGUCGAGUCCUUGGGAGAGGUUCAUCAAAUAGCAGGCGGAACGUUGUACCGCGCCCGUACCUGACGUGGACUUUCCGUGCACACGGCACUGAAUGAUACCAGUUUGUAUUCAAGUGUUUCCUUUUACAGCGGUGAUUGGGGCAUCCAUCCCGUGGUAAAACAUUUUGGUUUAACAGCAGAGGUGGUAUCCCAUCGGCGGGCACGACAAUCCGUGUUGAUGGCUCUGCUCGGAUUCAAAUUAAGCGACCAGUGGAAUGGGUGUUCUGAAGUUGGCUCUCAAUCAAAAUCUGCAAAAGGCUGUACCCAUUGGCCACUAGGUGGUAAAGAGGUUCUAUAUCCAUGUCAUUAAUAAUCGUACUUGAUUAUGUACGCAAGUAUCUUCAACUUCUUUUGCACCGUACGCAGCCAACCGUGCUCAUCGUGUUUUGCAUCUCAAUGGAAAUAUAUAUUUCUAACGUUACUCAUGAGUUUGUGAUUUUGCAAAUACAAUUCUUCAAUAACAGCUGGUGCGGUUAAGUCGGUCAGCCUGACAUGAUUAGUGAUAGCUCUGAUUUUAGAGCACCUGUUGAGCGUUUUGCAGAAUGUAAUGUAUCCGUGACUCCACAGAUGUGCAAUGUAAUUUGGAUUUAUAAAGUGUCUGAAUGUGACUGCAUCUCAAGGAACUUUAAGAAAUGGGGUAGCCUGAAAUUCUGAGCGGAUUUUGAAGUACAAAAACAGGUUAAAGUUGAAUUUUGAUUUAAAGCUUUCGUGACUGUAGGGAUUCAUAUUCUUGGUUCUUUCGAUGGUUGCUUGUGCUGCAGUCGAAACGUGAGAAUUUUAUUGUUUUAUAUUUUAUUAUUUUAUUGUUUCUCUUCUACGUGGUGACUUUACCGAAAGAACCAAGAAUAAAGCGACUAAAGUUGCUUGCUGUGGAAAUAGA